UGUUAUUCUGACAAACAUUUCCAAAGACUGCAGUAGGAAUUAUAAUUACUGUAGGUGAUGUUUUAAUGAAAAAGCAUUUAAAAACACUUCAGGUCUACCUCAGAUUUUUUUUAAGGGGUGGACCGAAACAUAGGAAACACAUCAGAAAGUAAGAAGUACCCUCGGUUACAUUUUAUUAUGUCACUCCAGACGUUGAACUGUUGUUGUCAAGCGUGUAUAUUCCCCCGGUAUGAUUACGUCGUGUGACGUGCAGCCGCCGUGGAUGCUGAUUGGAUGCGCUGUCUAUCUGGGGCGUGUUCAGCAAGAAACGAGGAAGUGGCGUUUCCCUACAAUACUAACAAAGGUGCAAUGUAUGUUUGACAAAAAAAAAUAAGUACAAUUAAAUAAAGCCAAUGCGCAUUUAAAUUGUUCAUAUGUCAUACGACGACAAACCCUCAGUUUCUGUGGUCGUAGUACACCAACCCUGUUGUGACAAAAAACAACAACAUUAACGCUUUUGUCCACUCUUCAAUGACAGGGCCUUCAAGUAGAAAUAACUCUUAUUAAACAUGCACUUCAGAGAGACUAUUUGUUAUUUUAGGUAGGCUAUAUGUGGAGAAGCGUCAGCUACCAUAUAUGUACACUCACUAUCAUACAUAGCUGGUAUGUAUGCUGGAAUGUAUCAUCACCUGAGAUCAAACUUUUAAAAAAUUAAAUGUCUUUCCAGCCUUGAAUCCUGUGUCAUUUAGGCUACGUGGGCAGUCGACAGACUGACAACCCACUUUGAUUUUAUCUUUGCUCCUAAGCUUGCACAGGGCCGCACUGCGAGCUUCAGUUAAAGGACCAGCCAACAAGUUGGGCGAAAAACAACGACAUAUCACCCCCCAGGAGCUACCGAGAGGACGGUAGCAUGAUAGUCGUGGAGGGGAAGCGGCAGGAAGAGGGCCCUUAUCUGCAUUUUACUUCGCCUACAACGAAUUCAUUGAGUCGGUAACCUGCGUCCGACAUGGGGAAGGAGGGAAAUGGUGUUUCACGGAGCCGGUUUGAGAUGUUCACAAACAGUGAUGAGGCAGUCAUCAAUAAGAAGCUGCCUAAGGAGCUGUUGCUACGAAUCUUCUCCUUUCUGGAUGUGGUGACACUGUGUCGCUGUGCCCAGGUCUCACGGUCCUGGAAUGUUCUGGCCUUGGAUGGCAGCAACUGGCAAAGAAUCGACCUCUUUGACUUUCAGAGGGACAUUGAGGGCCGAGUGGUGGAGAACAUCUCAAAGCGAUGUGGGGGGUUCCUUAGGAAGUUAAGUCUGCGGGGUUGCCUAGGUGUGGGUGACAGCGCUCUGAGGACUUUCUCGCAGAACUGCAGGAACAUCGAGUUACUUAGUCUGAACGGCUGCACCAAGAUCACUGACAGCACAUGUAAUAGCCUUAGUAAGUUCUGUCCAAAGUUGAAGCACCUGGACCUCUCCUCCUGUACCUCAAUCACCAACCUGUCACUCAAAGCUCUCAGUGAGGGUUGUCCCCUGCUGGAGCAGCUAAACAUCUCCUGGUGUGAUCAGGUCACCAAGGAUGGUAUCCAGGCCCUGGUGCGUUCCUGCCCUGGACUCAAAGGCCUUUUCCUCAAGGGAUGCACACAGCUUGAGGAUGAGGCUCUGAAACAUAUCGGGGCUCACUGUCCAGAACUGGUCACACUCAACCUACAGACAUGUUCAGUAAGUCCACAGAUCACAGACGAGGGACUCAUCACAAUUUGCAGAGGCUGUCACCGUCUGCAGUCUCUUUGUGUGUCGGGCUGUGCCAAUAUCACAGACGCCAUCCUGCACGCUCUGGGACAGAACUGUCCUCGCCUCAGAAUAUUAGAAGUGGCUCGCUGCUCUCAGCUUACAGACGUGGGCUUCACUACAUUAGCAAGGAAUUGUCAUGAACUCGAGAAGAUGGAUUUAGAAGAAUGUGUGCAGAUCACAGAUGGAACGCUCAUCCAGCUGUCUAUCCACUGCCCUCGUUUGCAAGUCCUGAGCCUGUCUCACUGUGAGCUGAUCACUGAUGAUGGCAUCAGACACCUCGGCAGCGGCCCCUGUGCUCACGACCGUCUGGAGGUGAUCGAGCUGGACAACUGCCCCCUGAUCACAGACGCCUCACUGGAGCACUUGAAGAGCUGCCAUAGUCUGGAUCGCAUUGAGCUCUAUGACUGCCAGCAGAUCACCCGCGCAGGCAUCAAGAGACUAAGGACCCAUCUGCCCAACAUCAAAGUGCAUGCAUACUUCGCUCCCGUCACUCCGCCCCCCUCUGUCGGGGGCAGUCGUCAGAGGUUUUGUCGCUGCUGUGUUUUGCUAUGAUGUAACGACACCAGCCCCCCCCCCUUUCCUCUCCCCGUGUCCCUCGUACACGCUUCCCGCAGCCCGUCACUUGAACCCUGACCUGCUGUCCCCCUCCCGGCCCCCUGUCAUGCUGUACAUGCUGGUGUGUCCCAUCCCCCUCCCCCACCCCCUUUUGGAGCUGCAGAGAGAGGGAGAGAGCCAAAUAACGCUACAGGGUCUCGGGUAACUUUUCCAAAAAACAUUCCCGAAUCUCUCAACCACACAAAUACAGUACAUGUACAACAGGCUUUGACACAAGCUGAUAUGCAGACACACUCACAGAUGAACUCUGAGAUGAAUGUCAGAACAUUCCUGGUCUGUGUUCAGUGAACAAACCAGUAUUACAAAGAGGGUUAUGUAAAAAAAAAUGAAAUGUGAUCACAACUGUUAAGGGAUUUAAGUCUUCAAUAAGUACAAAAGAAUUAAAAAAGUGGAAAUGCAUCCGCAGUCAUGUCAAAUAACUGUAUUUCUCUAUUUGAGUGGAGCUAUACUCCUUACUUAUUUAGCACUUUGAGACAAAAACAGCUAUAGCUUCUCAACAAAAUAUUGAAAAGGUUGAAAAAUCCCUCUUAACCUCUCACACAUACUUCCCUCCAUAUUGAAGGUCACUUAACAGCUACCUCUAGAUGGGAACUGCACUUGAGUAAGACCUGUGUUAGCUUUGUUCUGCAGGCUGCUUAUUUCAAAAAAAGGGGACAGCAUUGCAGCCGAUAAACUGCCGAUACCCCCAACACACGUAGAAAGCAGCAGGAAGCCUAUUUUUUAUCUUUUUUUUUUUAAGCAUACUUGCAGCUAUUUGCACUUACAGUAAAGCAAUGAUGAGACACUUUACAAAGAUGGCCAUCUCAGAAUUUAAGGCUGGCAUUUUACUAACGACACAAAUACAAAUCUUCACUUACAUGCACACACUGAGCUUGCUACACCUGUACCCUCACCUCUCUCUGUCUCUCUGUUACAAUCAGAAGCUUCAAUAUACUGAAGAGGAAAAAAAAAAGACAAAGUUUAAUAUUUUUCUAAAAGUGGACACCAAUUAAGACUCAAGUGGGGACUCGAGAAGAUGCCAAAUGUUGCAUGUAACAACUCUAGUUUUUUAAAAUCUAAUUGUAAAUAUAUGACUGUGGAGUCUGAGAGUCGAAGCCAGCUAAACAACAGAACAUGAGAUGAGACCGCUGUCGACUGGUCUUUCUGAGGGAACUAUGGCGAAGCUCACACAUGCCUGUUUAAGUACAGAUGUGUAUUAGAAUACUUGCUGGAGCUUUGGACAGUCAAAAUGUACUGGUACUUAAUCUGGAGUUUGACAGAAGAACUGGUGCUGGCCUGUGAAAACUCAUGUCAACACAGAAAAGUUCUUAAGACAUUCAUAUGACAGGAAAAAAAAAAAAGUCUGACAUCACUACAUGAAUUCAUGCUGUCAGACCAGGACAAUGGAAAGAAAAAGCCAACUGAAAACAAUCAAAGUGCAUCUAUUUUUCAGUUAGUUUGGUUUCAUUUAGUUACUCUCGUUUUCGCAUCGGUGACGGUUCUGAUGACAAGGAACUGGUGAACCACGCGCAGCAGUGAGUGGAUGUGCCUGAUGUCGGAGCGACAGCGGUGACUCCUCAACUACUAUGAGGCCUUGCAGGGGAUGGAGUGACAGCAUGUUGCACCCUGCCACCUGUGACCUCCCCGGUCUGUCUGGGACCACUGCCCGAGGUAAAGUCCUAAGCAGACUGGUGCAGUCACUGCAAGAGGAAGUCAACUGAAUCUUGAGUGCACAAUUCUGGCCUACUGACAGAUAUGAUGGACAUUUUUGUCACAACGGAGGGCUAUAAUGGACUUCAGCCCUUCGCCCUAUGAAGUAUUGAAGCCUUUUCUUAUGGAUUAUCUUCUCCUGCACUUGCACCUGCUUUAUUCUGUGUCUCUUCUCAUUUAAUUUUAUAAUUGUGUCUUUUACUGCUUUUCUGUCUGAUUUCCUCUGGAUCUCUACCUUUUCUCUUCUUUAGCAUUUCUGUUUUUGGUGUGGUUUGGAUUGCGCCUGCUUUGUGUUUGAAGUCAUGAGUUCAGUGUCUCCAAGUUGAGUUUGAGUCCUCUUCCAGUCCUCAGUUUUGGUCUGAUGGUGUUUGUGUUUUUAUUAAGAGUUUAUUGUUACUAAAUGUCCAGAGUGUAGCCUUUGUUGAGGGGAAGUGUUGGCGCCAGUGCAAUUGUAAUAAAUGUUCAAAUUUAAGUUGGAUUUUUUUUUUAAAUGUGAGUUGAGGAGGAGUUCAUGAUGACAUGUAUGUAUGAUGUAGGUUUUACUUAUUGAAUGUUUCCAUCAAGGAGAAGUCCACAGGAUGGCUGUUCAGGCAUCGUGUGCCGCUUUAGCAGAUUUUUCUCCCAUAAGCGUACUUUCCUCUACCUAAGUUUUAUGCCUUGCUUUU